AUGGGAAACGGCCCCCAAAAUCCUAGGCCGGAUUCUGGUAGCCCAUACAAGAAGCCAUAUCCGGUCAUCAGACGACCUGGUAGCCGCGAUAUGUUUCGAAGAUCAGCCUUCGACUCUAACACCAAGGGAUCUAACGGCCACAGCAUUCCAGACGCUGAUUCUGAGCCUGAGCCCAAUCCACACGACAAGUCGAGCUGGAAUCAGUCUCCCGUUUAUCAUUCCCUGCGUAUUUCACGAUCCCCAGACGCUGGUAAAGCAUACACCACCAACAGCUAUCACAGCCAGCCAGCCUUAGUGUCCGUGAAUAAAUACGGUCGCCGGUACCGUGCUACGGAUUCUGGGUCGCCAAUCGAACAUUCGGAGGCAUUUAAAUCCAGUGGGAACUCACUAGCUAUAAAUCCUGAACAACAUCCAUAUCUAAAUGGUCGACUCUUCGAAGUAUACACAGAUCCAAACCCGGGCGCAGACACAACAAACAGAGAGGAAACUGUCAAUAUUUCUAACGCAGCAAACGAGUUCCCACCGGCCCCGGCACAGUCCAUUCACUGUAAUACGGAAGAGGAUCCCUACCACAGACUUAUCAAUGACAACAUGGAUAAAGAAGCUAACAAGGAGAACGCUCCCGCUGGAACUCCCAUACCACUCGAGGAGGGAGGGAAAGGACAAUUGCGCUGGAGCAACAAACACCGUCGACCACUGGAGGCAUUGAAUCUCUCUGAUUUCUACCCUAUCGAUGCAAGUAUCUGUCCAAACUCCUUAUGA